CCUCCAGAACAGCCGUGUCCGCUCAGCCCGGCUGUGAUUUACGUCCCUGUCACUGUGGGCGAGAAGCCCUGUGUCUAUAUAUGGCAGGUCCUUGGCCAUAAAUGGGGCGGGACAGGCUCUGCCCAGACGCCGGGCACUGCUUCCUAAGCUGGGCACUGUGUCCUGAGCCAGACACUGCCGUCCUGAGCCGGGCGCUGCCGUCCUGAGCCGGACUCUCCUGAGCUCGGCUUUGCUGUCCUCAGCCGGGCACUGCUUCCCCUUGCACCGUCCUACCCUCUGGGUGAACGCCAGGAUGUCGCUGGUCACCCUGCCUUUCUACCAGCGGAGGCACAAGCACUUCGACCAGUCAUACCGCAAUGUGCAGACCCGGUACCUCAUGAACGAAUACGCAGCCAAGCUGCGCUCGUCCUCCCAGUCCUCCUCCCGCUUGUCCUCCUCCCAGCAGUCCCUCAGCGAGCAGACCCAGGCGACCUCCCGGCGAGCGGCCGGCCAGCGGCUGCUGGCCCAGGGCUCCGUGUGCCGGCUCUGCGCCAAGAGGCUGGGCUCCGAGCAGGAGGAGAGCGAGCACGAGCAUGAGAGCAAGAGAAGGUACGAGUCGCAGACGGCGCUGUACGGGGAGGCCAAGCGGGAGCGCUUCCUGCGGGAGCUGGCGGGGCUGGAGGACGACGUGUACCAGGCGCGGGUGCAGGCGCGGGCGCAGCUGGACCGAUACGCCAUGCAGCAGGCGGACCGGUUCGACAGGCAGCAGGCGGCGGAGGACGCGCUGACCUGGGAGCGCCGUGUGUUCGAGGAGCGGAUGCGGCGGGCGCCCGAGAUCCUGGUGCGGCUGCGCUCGCACACGGUGUGGGAGCGCAUGUCCGUGACGCUGUGCUUCACCGUGCAGGGCUUCCCCACGCCCGUGGUGCAGUGGUACAAAGACGGCGUCCUGAUCAGCCAGGCCGCCGAGCCCGGCAAGUACAGGAUCGAGAGCAAGUACGGAGUGCACACGCUGGAGAUCCACAGGGCGGACUUCGACGACACGGCCACGUACUCCGCCGUGGCCACCAACGUGCAUGGGCAGGCCUCCACCAACGCCGCCGUGGUGGUGAAAAGGUUCCGAGCGGAAGAGGAGCCGAUUCGCUCGAUGGGACUCCCGAUCGGCUUGCCCUUGCCGUCCGUGGUUCCGUACACGCACUUCGACGUCCAGUUCCUGGAGAAGUUCGGGGUGACCUUCCGGAGGGAGGGCGAGACGGUCACGCUGAAGUGCACGCUGCUGGUGACACCGGACCUGAAGCGCGUGCAGCCGCGGGUCGAGUGGUACCGGGACGACGUGCUGCUGAGGGAGUCGCCGUGGACGCGGAUGUUCUUCGGGGAGGGCCAGGCGGCGCUGUCCUUCAGCCAGCUCAGCAAGGACGACGAGGGCCUCUACACGCUGCGAGUGCUGUCCCGCGGCGGCGUGAGCGAGCACCGCGCCUUCCUCUUCGUCAGAGAUGCGGACCCGCUGGUCACAGGGGCUCCGGGCGCGCCCGUGGACGUGCGGUGCCACGACGCCAACCGUGAUUACGUCAUCGUCACCUGGAAGCCGCCCAACACCACCUCUGAGGGCGCCGUCAUCGGCUACUUCGUCGACCGGUGUGAGGUGGGAACCAACAACUGGGUGCAGUGCAACGAUGCCCCCGUCAAAGUCUGCAAGUACCCGGUGACGGGGCUGCUGGAGGGCCGGUCCUACGAGUUCCGUGUCCGCGCCAUCAACAGCGCCGGCGUCAGCCGGCCGUCCCGCGCCUCGGAGGCCGUGGCCGCCCUCGACCCCGCCGACCUCCAGAGGUUACACGCCGUCCGCCUGGGGGAAGAUAAGGAGAUUGUGAUCUCUCAGGAUGAGCUUGAAGGCGACGUGCUGAUCCCGGGGCCGCCCACCAACGUGCAUGCCUCGGAGGUCAGCAGGACCUACGUGGUCCUCAGCUGGGAUCCCCCCACGCCCCGGGGCCGGGAGCCCCUGACCUACUUCAUCGAGAAGUCCAUGGUGGGCAGCGGCAGCUGGCAGCGGGUCAAUGCCCAGACAGCGGUCCGGUCACCGCGCUACGCCGUCUUUGACCUCGCCGAGGGGAAGCCCUACGUGUUCCGGGUUCUGUCCGCCAACAAGCACGGGCUGAGCGACCCGUCAGAGAUCACGCCCCCCAUCCAGGCCCAGGAGACCACGGUAACUCCCUCAGCGCCGGGCCGGGUCCUCGUCUCCCGGGACACGAAGACGUCGGUCGUGGUGGAGUGGGACCGGCCCAAGCACCACGAGGACCUGCUUGGCUACUACGUGGACUGCUGCGUGGCGGGCUCCAACGUGUGGGAGCCCUGCAACCACAAGCCCAUCGGGUACAACAGGUUCGUGGUGCACGGCCUGACCACGGGCGAGCAGUACAUCUUCCGCGUGAAAGCCGUGAACGCCGUGGGCACCAGCGAGAACUCGCAGGAGUCGGACCCCAUCAAGGUCCAGGCCGCGCUCACCGUGCCCUCCCACCCGGUCGGGAUCACGCUGCUGAGCUGCGACGGCCGCUCCAUGACGCUGGGCUGGAAGGAGCCCCGGUUCAGCGGGGGCGCGCCUGUGCUGGGCUACUUCGUGGACAAGCGCGAGGCCCAGCACCACAGCUGGCACGAGGUCAACGCCGCGCCUGUGCGGGAGCGGCUGCUGACGGUGGACGGCUUGACCGAGGGCGCGUCCUACGAGUUCAAGAUCGCCGCCUCCAACCUGGUGGGCAUUGGGCAGCCCUCAGACCCCAGCGAGCACUUCCUGUGCGAGGCCUGGACGGCGCCCGAGCCAGGCCCCACCUACGACCUGACCUUCUGUGAGGUCCGGGACACCUCGCUGGUGCUGCUGUGGAAGGCGCCCGUGUACGCAGGCAGCGGCCCGGUGACCGGCUACUUCGUGGACUACCGGGAGGAGGGCUCCGAGGAGUGGACCCCCGUCAGCGAGGCGCCCACGGCUAACCGCUACCUGAAGGUGUGUGACCUGCAGCAGGGCCACAGCUACGUCUUCCGAGUGCGGGCGGCGAAUGCCAGUGGCGUGGGGAGGCCGUCCGAGCCCUCGGAGCCUGUGCUGCUGGAGGCCCGGCCGGGCACGAAGGAGGUCAGCGCGGGGGUGGACGAGGAGGGCAACAUCUACCUUAGCUUCGACUGCCCCGAGAUGACCGACGCCUCGCGCUUCACCUGGUGCAAGGCCUACGAGGAGCUCGCCGACGAGGACCGGUUCCAGGUGGAGACCGCCGGCGACCACUCCAAGCUGAUCUUCAAGAACCCGGAGAAGGGGGACCUGGGCACCUACUCGGUGUCUGUGA